AUGGGGGCGACAGGGUGGCUGGUGGCGCAGGCGCGGCGCCACGCCGUGCCGCGGCACGUCGCGCAUAGCUCGAGGUCGGACUCGCGCGCGCCGGUCGGGCUCAGCGUGCCCUUCCGGGCGGCGCGGCACGCCGGGACGCCCGCGACAGUGCCCGUGGCCACCCACGCGCUCACUGGGGCGCGGCCUGUGGAGCAGAACAGGGACUUGGGGGUUCUCUUGAACCCGGUAGCUCUGAAAGAGCUCAGCAGCGCCAAGGAGGUGAAGAACGAGUUCAUACUGACGCUGGCGUGCGCAGACGCGACGGGCAUCGUGUACAACGUCACGGGCCUGCUCUUCGCGGACGGCUGCAACAUCAUCGAGUCCUCGCAGUUCGGCGACCGCGACGGCUUCUUCCUCCGUGUGCACUUCGCGGCGCCGCGCAACAUGACGCAGGAGAUGUUCGAGCGCGACUUCGAGCCCCUCGCGCGCCGCUUCGGCAUGCAGUGGCAGCUCCGCGACCGCCAGUUCCGCCCCCGCGUCGUGCUCAUGGUGUCCAAGGCCGGGCACUGCCUGAACGACCUGCUCUACCGGUGGCGCUCCGGGCAGCUGAGCGUCGACGUCGUGCACGUCAUCUCGAACCACGCGACGCUCGCGCCCGCCGCGGCCGCGGCGGGCGUGCCCUUCACGCACCUCCCCGUCACCGCGGACACGAAGCGCGCGCAGGAGGCCGCGCUGCUCGAGCUGAUCGAGUCGCUCGACGCGGACCUCGUCGUGCUCGCGCGGUACAUGCAGAUCCUGUCGACCGAGCUCUGCGCGGCGCUCGCCGGCCGCUGCAUCAACAUCCACCACUCGUUUCUCCCGAGCUUCAAGGGCGGGCGGCCGUACCACCAGGCGCACGAGCGCGGCGUGAAGCUGAUCGGCGCGACCGCGCACUACGUCACCGCGGACCUCGACGAGGGGCCGAUUAUAGAACAGGACGUGUGCCGCGUCAACCACGGCAUGUCGGCAGAGGAGCUGGCGGACCGCGGGCAGGACAUCGAGUCGAUCGUGCUCGCGCGCGCGGUGCGCUGGCACACCGAGAACCGCGUGCUGCUGCGCGGCCACCGCACGAUCGUGUUCGAGUGA